GUUCCGCAGUGGGCAUCACCACUACGUGUCCGUGACGGACAUUGAGCCCAGCGCGUUCAAGUGCAUGCUUCGAUACGUCCAUCAUCUUGACCCCAUGAUCUCGCUCGACAACGCUCUUCAGGUGUAUCGGGCGGCAGACAAGUACCAGAUCGAUGGUCUGCUGGAAGGAUGCGGCUCCUUCAUCGAAGAGAACACGGAUGCCGGCAAUGUCACGCAGGUCCUGAGAUUCUUCGACGUCGCCUGCCGCCUUGGCCUCGAGAGAUACUCGAAGCACUUCCUGGAGCUCCUCGGGGACCUCUCUCGCGUCCAUACGCGGCAGGUGCUCCAAGCACGCGACUUUUUGCACUUGCACACAGUGUCGUUGACCGCCCUUCUGAGCUACGAAGGGCUUUGUGUCAAUGAGGAGCGCUUGUGGCAAGCUCUCCGAGCUUGGGCCGAACUUCGAGCGAUGUACCGUGAAGGGGGGACUGAACACAUCGGAAUCUACGGAGAGGCCGGCGAGCGCAAGGCACGCGAGGUGGCGCACAGUGAGUUGGUUCCGAGUUGGCAAGAUGCCAUCAGGCCUCUGAGACAUUUGGUGCGCUUUCCCGCCAUGUCAGCAACCUUCUUUGCAAAGGAGAUUUCCAAGAGCGGGGUCCUGUCACACCAAGAAGUUGUCGAGAUAUUCGCGUUCUUGGCGGCCAAGCAGGCCAGGGGUGAGGCACUUCAUGGCGAAUCGAGUCCUGCCGAUCCCUUUUCCAUGCUCGACACGGAGGCCGAGGACGCGGAGGUGCGAGUGGGAGGUGUCUACCGGGCAGACAGCCGGGUCACCAGGCUCGGCUGGUGCCUUGCGCCGGGCCAAGCAGAUCCCAUGCUCAGCGAGGAGUUUGGACUCACCGAGGGACGCGAGCUGAUGGUGAGAGUCGGGUCGGUGGUGGUCGACGGCCGUGGUCUUUCGACUUCCUCCUGGGGCUCCACCGUCAUCCUCGCAGGUCCCGGCACUGGCUUCCACUUGGCCUUCGGCAACACGAGCUUUAGCUCCGGGCGCCAUGCUUGGACGAUUUCCUGGAGGCCAAUGGAUUCCUUGCAACCCGGCCGCACCCGCUGCUCACGAGGGGGUGCUGCGGGCAUCGCGCGAGAGACGGACGGGCUGGAACGAAUUGCUUCCUCAUCUGCUGUCUCGGGCUCAACCGGUGGCACCAUCGCCGGAGUAACGGGAGGUGUGAGUCCAGCGCCAAAGGCUGCAAUCGCCGCCAAUGGGGUGCAGCUUGACCGCCGAACGUCAGGGUCUGUGGCAGCGCCAACAGCAGCAGGC